GACUACAACAGGUGAUUUUUUUCUUCUUCAUCUUCAGGAUAGUAACCAUUACAAAAUCAAAACAUUAUUAUAGUAUUCUAUAGCUUUUUUAUUUUUAAAAAUCAUAUUAACCAAGGAAAUAUUUAACACAUUUCUUAAUGUUACAUAACAAUUUGUUUAUAUACUAUUUCAACUAAUUUAAUCUCAACCUACAAUCAAGUAAACAAUAUUUAUAUUCAAACGUUUAUUUUCUAUUCAAUAUUUGUAUGAAAGACUAUUUCACUUCAUUUUGAUAUCUACAGUUACGUCAUCAUCAUCAUCGUCGUCGGUAUUCUAUCAAAGUAAAUUUGUAAUAUUCAUUGAUUUACUAACGUGAACUACAUACAUUGGAAACCAUGAAAUCAAUGUACAUGAAUAUGAACUCAUGUAAAACGAGGAAAGAUAUCGCUAUACAAACAGAUUCAGCAUCAGAAUAUUCUAGUGAAACGGAUGGUUCUGACGAGUCAGAGAUAAAUAAUUAUUCAGGUUGUGAUUCAAAUUUAAUAUCAUCUAAAUUAUCAACAAAUUCUUCUUCUCAAGCUAUACAAUCUACCAUAAUCGAAUUAACUGAUGUAAAUAGUAACAAUAAUAAGGUUAAUGCUUCAUCACAUAAUCUACCUGGCUGUGAUAUUAAUGCUACAUCAUUUCCAUCGGAUACAACUGGACAAUUAAUGCAAAACCCACAGGUACAAAAGUCGGAUAUAGUCGUAAAACCUGAUUCUCGACAAGUAUACUUCAACUCAUCAGUCGAUACUCACAAUAGUAUUAAUAAUAAUAAUAAUAGUAGCACCAUCAACCACAGUAACUUAUCAGAUUGUGAUAAACGUAAUAGUUCAGCUAGUCUUGACAGUGGACGAGAUUCUACAUACGCUACGGGGAGUGAAGGCAGUAGUGGGGUCCAAUAUCCUCAACAAUAUUCUUCAGAUGAUGGGUAUAUUCUAUCACCAACUUUACCGUACUGUUAUAAUAGUCAAAUGUCAAGGAAUAACAUUAUCUCAAAUCGUAAAAGUAAUCAUAAUUCCAGCAGUUGUACAUCAUUUGAUAAUACCUCCUCAUUACCAGUAGCAACGAUAUUACCAUUUUGUAAUCAUAGUAAUUCGACUAUUUAUAACGUUAGUAAUUGUUGUGUGAAUAAUAGUAGUAGUAAUGCUAGUAGUAGUCAUAGCAGAAAUUCUUCAUGUCAUCAAUUAAAACAAUACCAUCAACAGUUCAAUAAAGAUGAUACCUUGACAUCACCAACACACAAGUAUAACAAUAAUAGCAGUAUAGAUAAUAAAAUUGUCAAUUCUAUGCUUCAAUGUACAGAGCCUUACGAAUAUUAUCAUAUUCCAUCAUAUCAAUCUACCAGGAAUUGUUGUUCAACUACUAACCUUAUCAAACUAUCAACGUCACCGUCAUCGCCAACACAACAGCAACAAUCAUUUUUGCCGUCCUAUUCAUCGUGUCAAGAAAGACAUUUCACUGAUUUUGAUGCUUCAAGGCUAAAAGCACCAGCAAAUAUGUAUCAUCAAUCACAGAUUCUUUCGAAUGUGCCAAUGCAAUCAGUAUAUAGUAAUCAAUGCCAACAACAAUCAGUUCAUUCUGUUUUAAUCAAUCCCGAUGAUGAAGCAUUAUUUGCAUGGUUAAGAUCAGUUGGUCUUAGUCGAUUAAGUGGAUGUUUAUCUAAAUCUGGGUUCGAUCUAUGGACAUUGUGUCAUACAACACCGGAAGAAUUGAAUGCUUGCGGAAUUACUAAUCCAUAUGAUCGACAAACUUUGAGAAACCAGCUCGCUACUCUUCAAUUAUCUGAUCCAUUUACAGAAAAACAAUUACCGGCUAGUGUUCAUGAAUGGUUAAUACAAUUACAUUUGCAACAAUAUUGGCCUAAAUUUAAUGAUCAAGGUUUAAUAACAUUUGAACAAAUUAUUCGUAUUACAUGGGAUGAUUUAGAAGAGAUUGGUAUUUCUAAAUUAGGUCAUCAAAAGAAAAUUCUCACUGCUAUUAAUAAAUUAAAUCGUCUAGUUUUAUCAUCAAAAAUUAAUGGUACCACAAUAGGUUAUCCAUUUCAGAAAGAUAUUCAUUUCAUACAAUCAUCUACAUCUUCAUUUAUUCCAAAUGAUACUAGAACUUCAUCAUCAUCAUUAGUAGUAAAUUAUGAUUAUUUAACAAAAUUACCACAAUAUCAAUCUAAUCAACAGAAUGUUAAUAAAACAAAUGAAAUAAAAAACAAGGAAUAUUGUCAACAAUAUUUAAAAGUUUCAGAAAUCGGGAUACAAGUUGAAGAAAGUCAAACGAAAUCACAUACUUCACCAUCAUCACCUUGCUCUUCUUCCAAUUCAACAACCUCAGAUUUAUCAUCAAAUGAUUCACGAUAUUCUCUUCCUCCUCCAGUUGAUUUUCAAGACUCACCACCUAAAUCAUCAUCAUCAUCUACUUUUCCAACUAUUUCAUUAAUUCAUGAUUCAGAACAUUCAAACUCUAAUUUACAACAGUCUAAUUCUUCUUGUAUAAUAAAUGAACAAUUAAGAUCUAAUCUUUCAUCUUGUACUACUAUAGCUAAUAACAAUGUUCAAUCUUCUCAUUCAUUAUGUAAUAUUCAUAGUCCUAUAAAUAUAGAUAACACAUUAUUAAACAAAAAUUCAACAUCUGUACGCUUCAGUAGUUCUGAGUAUCAUAAAGAAGAACAAUUGAAUAAAUUAGGACAAUCGAAUAUAUUUCAAAGGCGUUCUUCCAAUCCUACAUUAUAUUCACUGAAACCUAAUGAUCCUGUACAAAAUACUAGCGAUUUAUCAAAAUGGUCCUCAGGUUAGUGGUCGUAGUAGUAGUAUUUCCUUUGUUCAUUAAUUAUUUUGACAUAGAAAUAGAUUUUAGCUAAAAUUCAAUUUCCAAAAUCUGAUUAAAUAAAAAAAUUUUUUUUGUUUUUAUAAUAUAAAAGUUACUUGUAACAUGUUGUUACAUAAUCAAUGUUCUAUAUCGUUAUUUUAUUUGAGAAAAGAUUGUUCAGUUUAUAUGAGAAAAUUGGUUGAAUUAAUUUAUAUACCUACUUUUUUAUCAAUUGAGUUCAACCGGAUCUGUUUUGAGAUAGUAACUCACUGAAAACAAUGGUGGAUGGGUUACUCAAUUUCGUGAAUUAGUUUAAAUUAGACGUGAAUACCGUUGGAUGCCGGCCAGCUCAGUAAUCUAGAGGUUAAGAGUUUGCACACGAGACCAAUAGGUCCUGAGUUUGAAUCUCGCGAAAUGAGAUUGUGAAUGCGCAAUGCUGAGGAGUCCCACAAUAAGACGAAACGGCCGUCCAGUAUUUCCAGAUUUUCUAUGGUGCUCUAGCUUCAAUCAAUUCAUGAUCUCAACUAUUAAAAAGUCAAUAUUCAUCAAUUGAACAAAAUUUCAAGUGUAAACUAUUCGAAUUCUAACUCAUUAGUCUAAAGAUAUCAUGCUUAUUAAGAAACUCAAAAGUAUAUUAUGAAUCUUAAAUAAUUCAAAGUCACAAUGUAAAAUAUUAAAACUUAUUAAGUACAAUUUGAUUUUCAGUGGCUCUCCUAUUCAAUUACAAUCUGUAAAAUAUACUAUCUUUUUAAUAUUGAUCAUAUACGAUUUUUUAAACUGUGAGCUGAUUUCAUUCAAUUUCUAUUACAAUUAAUACUUGAACAUUCUUAUAUUCAAAUAAAUGUCUAAUGACCUUUUUGUUUUUACAAUAUUCUGAUCUUAAAUAUAUACUGUAAAUUUCUUUUACAAAUUAAUAAUAAUAUGAGAAAGGAAUGGAAAAACGUAUGUACAUAUAUAUUCGAUGGACUAUUCAUAUUUUGAAGAUGAUUUUCAUUGCAAACUGAUUGGAUAAUCUUAUUUAUUCUAGUUACAAGAUUAUUCAAAAAUGCUUCUACAUUACACUAGAUCAUGUUUAACAGUUUUAGAUAUCAUAGUGAGGAAUGCACUGUUUAUAUUUUCAAUUCAAGUUACAUGUUACAGAUAAUAGCAUUAUUUCUUGAUACAGUUGACUCUAUUAUCUAAGAAACUCAAAAACUUUAAUUAGAGUGAAUACACGGCUUUUACCGUUAUAGGCACUUCAUAAGGAUUUGUUUAGUAUAAAUACAGUUUUUCUAAUCAAAUGAUAUCAAUCGAAGCCCUAUUAAAAACCAGAACACAUAUAACUGGGAUUUCAUUCUAGUUUGGGAUUUUCCAGACUUACUUCCUUGCGAUUAACGUAUCAGUGUGCCAGUUAGUCGGAUAGGACACACAUUAAGGAAAGCACCCAACUACAUCACAAGGCAAGCCCUCACAUGGAAUCCUUAGGGCCACAGGAAAAAAGGAAGACUAAAAAACACAUUACGGUGAGAAAUGGAGACAGACAUGAGAAAAAUAAACAAAAAUGGGAUAGAAGUAGAAAGGAACGCCCAAGACAGUUUGGGUUGGAGAAUGCUGGUCGGCAGCCUAUGCUCCAUUAGGAGUAACAGGAGUAAGUAAGUAAGAGCCAGUUAGUCAAAGGACGGUCCUCGAGAGUUGACUGAAGUGAAGACUGUGAAUCAUCUGGAUUUUAAAAAGCUUUCUAAACGUAACGGUGACUAGACAGUCUGGAACUUUUAGAUUUCACCUGCUUUAAAUUUGUGGAUUCAUAGUACUUGCAGAUUUGAUAUAAUAAUAAUAAUAUACAUUCUUGGGUCCCUUCUAAAAUAACUCUUCAACUGAUAUAAUUUCAUGAUGAAAAUCAGUUGUGAAUUAAUCCCAAAUGACAAAAUUAAUACGAUUCUUCACUUUUUUAACCGAACUGGAGACUUUCAGAUCUUAAUAUAACGUCUGUAGACUUCAGGCUACUGAGUCACUAUCUAGUAGUCAACUUAAAUCAAUUUGCAGUAUAUCACAAUAAUAACCAGCUUAUAUCAUCUCGUUGUUCAGUACUGAAACCCACUAGCUAUAACUAUCAACUAGAACUGUAGCAAUCCAUUUUAAAACUAGUUACUAUUGGCGAAUUUAAUUAUUGGUUAGUUGAAGGAUUUGAUGAGAUCAGUUUAAUUAAGUGACGGUUUUUACCAUAAAUUGAAAUCAAAUUAGUAUUUGUUUCUUAAUAAUAAUUAGUACAAUCAAUACGAUUAUUUUCAUAUCUCACUAACUUAGUAUUUAACUCCUUCAUGUUACUGUAUCUUGUAAACUUAUUUUUCCACAUAAAAUAAAUGGAUUUUGGUCAGCCAUUGAAUUUAAGACUCAUGUUUCGUCCUACCCAGCACUCGUUAAUCGGAUGUUUACACUGAUACUCAAACCUAGCACCUGUUCGUAUGGAUACCAACAUUUUGUCCCUUGAGUCACUGAUUACAUGAAAUCACUAACGUAUUAAACCUGGUAUGUAUUUAUUUGUAAGGGUAUGUACUGUUCCAUUAUUAAUAUUCAAGACUGAACUCAUUUGUUCCAAAACAUAAAUAAAUAUAUAUAUAGGGACUGAUAAAUAGAUAAGUGGAAAAGUAUCAAGUGAUAACUUACAUAAAUUCUAUGAUUGCUUAUUGUUAUUAUCAAUAAUGAUCAUGACUAUGGUGAUCAUGAUGACGUGACAAUGAGGAUGAGAUGAAAAGACAAAAGAAGAUUUUGUUUGCUUUCCCCUUUGUUUUCCCUUCAAGAUGUUUUUGUUCUUCAUUCAGUCCUCUUUUAUAUAAGUAUAUUUUGCUUUUAUG